UUCAUAGGUAUAUCAUAAAUACUCGGUCUCUGUUCCUGAAACCAAAGGUCGCUCUGCAUUAAAGCAGUGAGGUGAAUGUAGGAGUGGAUCCAGUGGAAGUCAUUCCUCAGAAGAACCAGCUGCUGAAUGUCAGAAAGGACUUCCUCCAAAACUGGGUGGCCUGGCAGAUCUCUUCAGCACUCAGCAGCCUACUGAGGCUUCUGACUUCCUAGGUGACCAUGGGCACCGAAUAUGAAAAAGGUCAUAUCAAAAAGCUGCAGGAGCAGCGUAUGUCCAUGCAAAAGAAAACCUUCACCAACUGGAUGAACAAUGUCUUCUCCAGGAAUAAUGUGAGGAUUGAGUUAGAAGAUAUUUACACAGACUUGAAGGAUGGCAUCUCUCUCAUGAAACUCCUGGAGCUGCUCUCCGGAGAAGCUUUGCCCAAACCAAGCCGGGGAAGGAUGAGAGUGCAUUUUCUAGAGAACAACAGCAAAGCCAUCACAUUUCUGAAAUCCAAGCAGGUACAAGUAAAAGUGAUUGGUCCUGAGAAUAUCGUAGAUGGUGACAGAACCUUAAUCCUGGGCCUUAUCUGGAUCAUCAUACUUCGAUUUCAGAUUUCAUCUAUCAAACUUGAUAAGGAAGAAUUUGGAGGCAGAGCUGAUGUUCUAUUUGCCAAUGAAGCCUUAUUACUCUGGUGUCAGCAUAAAACUGCCAGCUAUUCCAAUGUGAGUGUGAAAGACUUCUCCAAAAGUUGGAGUGAUGGGCUGGCCUUCAAUGCACUCAUACAUGCUCACAGGCCUGAUCUUAUCCACUACAGCUCACUGCGGCAGGACCAGCCCAUUAAAAACCUGAACAAUGCCUUUGAUGUUGCUGAGAAAGAGUUUGGAAUCAGCAAACUGCUUGAUGCUGAGGAUGUGGCAGUGCCCUAUCCGGAUGAGAGAUCCAUCAUGACUUAUGUGUCACUCUAUUACCACUACUUCUCCAGACUGAAACAAGGCCAAACAAUACAAAAGAGACUUAACAAAAUUGUGUUCUUCCUGAAGGAGAUAGAUGACUUGAAGCUUCAGUAUGAGCAGAUGGUCUCUGACCUCCUGAAAUGGAUUAAACAGAAGGUGAUGGAGCUGGAUGACCGUCAUUUCCCAAACUCUCUUCAGGAAAUGUGGCUGCUCAUGGCCAACUUUAAAACCUUCCGCACUGUGGAGAAACCCCCCAAAUACCAAGAGAAGGGCAUGAUUGAAGCUCAUCUCUUCAACAUCAGGACCAAACAGAGAGCCAACAACCAACGGCCAUACUUGCCUCCGGAAGGGAAGAUGCUGCAGGAUGUGGAAAAGCACUGGAUCAUCCUGGAAAAGUCAGAGCACAACCGGGGAAAAGCACUGCAAACAGAGAUGCUGAGGCUAGAAAGGCUGGAACAGCUAGCCCAGAGGUUCCUGAAGAAGGCAGCCCUGCGUGAGUCCUACUUGGAAGACAUGAAGAAAGUGAUUGGCAAGCAGGACUUCUGGCCAGAGAGCGUGGACAGGAUGGAGGCUGCCAGUAGGAAGCUGGAAGCCAUUGUGGCGGAUGUACUGCCCAGGAGGGAACGCUUCGCAGCCCUGGACGAGAUGGCCACCGUUAUCAGCCAGGAGAACUAUCACGGCAAAGACCGAGUCUUGCUGAAGCAAAAGAGCAUUUCAAAGCAAUGGCAGGAUCUCCUGGAUCAGCUGCAGAGACGAGAACAAUCCCUGGGAACAAUGCAGGAAAUUCUGGGCCUCCUGAGGGACAUAGAUGCCAUUACAGAGGAGCUGAAAGAGCUGCAGGUGCUAGUGAAUUCUCAGGACUGUGGGAAGCAACUCCUGGAAGUAGUGGAUUUGCUGCAGAAUCACAACUUGGUUGACUCACAGAUCUCUUCCUAUGAUGGCAGAUUGACACACAUCACCCAGAGGACAGCAGAAAUCAGCAAGGACAGCACAGUUAGAUCAGAACUGCUUUAUGCAAAAGUUCAGAUGCUUCAUCAGCUGUACCAGAACCUCACAGCUCAGAGCAAGUCACGCAAAUCUCAGUUGGAAGAGGCUUUGAAGCUUUUUGAAUUCUUCCGUGACUGCAAAGAGGAAGAAUCAUGGAUCUCUGAGAAGUGGAAGCUGGCAAGAAUGACAACACUGGGGAAAGAUGUCAGCCAGAUCACAGCCUCUAUUCAGAAGAACAAGGCUCUUGAAGCAGAGUGCAAUUCACACAGGGCCAUAAGUGCAGAUGUGAUGAGGAGGGGCUGGGAGCUCAGCCAAAAGAACCCCAUGCGCCAGGACGACAUUCUGAGACAGACAGACAACCUCCAGAAGCUGUGGCAGCAGCUCCAAGACGAGGUGGCUGAUCGCAAGAGCCGCCUGCAGGCAGCAGCCCUCAUCAAACAGUACUUCGCUGACAUCGAUGAAGCAAAUUCGUGGCUGCGAGAGAGGCAGCCGCUUCUCGCCAGCGAGGACUAUGGCAAGGACGAAUCAAGUGCCGAAGCGCUGUUGCAUCGUCACUUGCGCCUGGAGGAGGAGAUUGCAGCCUAUUCCUCUGAGAUGAGGCGCCUCAAAGAGCAGGCUGACAUUGCAGCACAGCAGGCUCCAGCUGCAAUGACGAAGAGGGAAGCCCCAAGUGACUUAAACCAAAAGACAACUAGGCUACUAUUCAGCAGAACCCGGGCAACAUCUGAAAGUGCAUCCACUGGAACCUCAAGUCUGGAUGAUCAUUUUCUUCCAGAGAAUAUCUGGAAGACACAAGAAGAAAUAGAUUCACUUUAUGAACAUCUACAGAGCAUGGCUGAGAACAGAAAAAAGGCUCUGGAGGAGAUGAUUGGAUAUUAUCGCUUCUGUAGCUCUUGUGAAGAAUUUCAGUCAUGGAUGAGAGAUAAAGAGAACAUUUUCCGCACUCUUCAACCUCAAGCAGACAAUGUGGAGGUCAUGCAGCAGAAAUAUCAGAGAUUUUUGACAGAACUGGCUGCAGGCAAAGGCCAGCUGGAAGACAUUGAAAAUUUAGCUGCUAAAUAUGGAAAGAUCAGUCCCAGCAAAUAUUUUGAGAUCCAGACUUGGAUGGAAGAGAUCAACAUCAGAUGGCAAUCCAUGGAAACACUGAAGGAGGAGAAAGGCUCUGAGCUGAUUGGAGUGGCUGACGUGAGGACAUUUCUUCAGGACUGCCAGAGCAUAGGAGUGCUGCUGCAAGACAAGAUGGUCCAACUCAGGGAUCUGGAACCAGGGAACUUGCCUGCUGGACUGGAGUCAGACAAGCGCAAACUGCACGCAAUUGAGAGAGAGGUCCUGGUGACAGAGCGGAAAAUUGAAUACUUGAGGAGUGUUGCAAAAUCGAUCAAGGACACCAACCCUGCAGAGAGCAGGGCCAUCACUGAGCAGGUAGAAAACAUGGAGAGACUUCUGGCAAAGCUCAAGCUGGAGAUCCAAAAGAAGCAGGACAUUCUGCAGUGGGCCCAAAACCAACAGUCCUUCCUGCAAGACAGCCGUAGGCUCCUACUGUGGGCAGAGGGCAUUCGGGAGAAACUGAGCAGUGAAGAAGUGGGUCUGGACGUGGGAUCUGCAGAGCAAUUGCUGAAGGAACAUCAAGACCUGCUGAUAGAAAUUGGCUCUCAGAAUGAAAGAUUUCUGCAGCUGGAAGAGCUUGGGCACAAAGUCGUCCACCAACAACCAAGUAACAAUAGGAGCAGAGAUGUCCACCAGACCAUGGAGAGACUUGCCAAGGAGAAAAAAGAGCUGGAGGAAAUGUGGGAAAAGCGAUGGAAAAAGCUGCAGGAUGGCCUGGAAUUGCAGAAGUUCAACAGGGAGGGAGACCGUAUCAAUGCAGCCCUCUCUGGCCAUGAGGCCUUUCUCCGGGGGGAUGACCUCGGGGACCAUGCAGAUGCUGUUCGAAGCCUGCUGAAGCAACAUCAGGAAUUUGAACAACUGCUGAUGGCACUGAAGAGACGAGUGGAAGCACUCAAUGAGAACGGGGUGACCCUAAUAGAGAGCAGGCACUUUGCAUCUCAUCUUGUUGAAGAGAGAAUGGUCACUCUCCGGAGAAGGUGGGAGCAGCUGAUACAAAGCAAUGCCAAAAGAAAACAGAAGUUGUUGGAUUCUCUACAACUACAGGAGUUUAAUCGUGAUGCUGCUGAGCUUUUGAUGUGGAUGGAAGAGAAGUACAAGAUUGCAUCAGAUGAAUCCUAUCGUGAUCCAACAAAUGUUCUACGCAAGCUGAAGUGGCAUGAGGCUGCUGAAAAGGAAAUGUUGGCUAAUGAGGAGCACUUCACAACACUGAUAAAGAAAGGAAAUCAAUUGAUUCAAGACAACCACUAUGCAGCAGUUUCUGUCCAGGAGAAGAUGUCAGAGCUUCAAAAGAAGUGGAAGGAAUUGUAUGGCAAGAUGAUAGAGCGAGGUGACAAACUGAGACAAGCUGGACAGCAGGAACAGCUCAUGGAACUGCUGCAGGAUGCCAAAAAGAAGAUAGAAAAAAUUGAGAGAGUUCUUCAGGAAUCUGAGACAGGCCAUGAUUUGCGCUCCAGCCGUGAUCUACUCAAGCAGCACAGACAGCUGGAGAAUGACACGCGUGAGCUGGCAGAGAAAAUGAAUGCUAUUGUAUCUCAUGCAAGGAAAAUGGCCACCAAUCACUUUGACUCCCAGAGGAUUCUGGAUGAAACACAGAAGUAUCUGAAAAGGUUUGAGUCUUUGCAAGCACCUCUUUAUGAGAGGCGUAAGUUGCUGGAGGCUGCCGUGGAUCUUUAUGAGUUCUACCAUUAUCAUGACAUGGAAAUGAACUGGAUCAAUGAGCGCUUGCCUAUCGCCCACUCCACCAACUGCGGGAAGUCCUUGGAUGUGGCUCAAAACCUGCUGCAAAAGCACAAGGAGCUGCAGGCUGAAGUGAAUGCCCACAAACAGCAAGUCCAGCGGGUCCUGGAUAAAGGAAAGACAAUGAUUGUAGGCCAGCACCCAUCAGCUCAGAAAAUAAGUGAGAAAUGCCAGGAGCUUGUGACUGCCUGGCAGGGCUUGGAGAAGUCCUGUGAGGAAAGGAUGAAGCAGCUGCAGCACUCAGUUGGCUUCCAGGAGUUUUUAAUGAAUACUUCAGACCUGGAGGCUUGGAUAGCAGAAAAAUAUCCACUUGUGACAAGCAAGGAUUAUGGCAAAGACGAAGAUGGAACACUGAAACUCAUCAAGAAACAUAAGGCACUGGAGCAUGAGAUUGCCAUUUACCAAGAUUUGUUGAAAGAACUGAGUGAAAGUGCCCAAGCUCUUCCUCUUGUGGGCUCCAUCCAGUAUACUGAGAUUGAUGCACCAAAGGAACAAGUUCAUUCCAGACUCCAGGAGUUAGAGAAGCUAGCAGCUGCAAGAGGGAAGAAGCUUGAUGAAACUCUUGUCUUACAUGAGUUUCUUCGAGAAUAUGAAGAUCUGGAAGACUGGAUCACUCAGCAGAAGCAAACAGCCAGCUCUGAAGACUAUGGAAAUGAUUAUGAACAUGUUUUGCAACUUUAUGCCAAAUAUGACACAUUCCGACACCAGUUGGAAGCAGCUGGGAAAAGAGUUGUGGCUUUCCAGCAGCUGGCAGACAACUUGCUGAACCAAGGGUAUUCUGAGUCCUGGGAAAUUCGGCAGAUGCAGAAACAGCUAAGGAACUCUUGGGAGGAACUGUUGGAAAUGACCAGAUUACGAGGUGAGCGACUGAGAGCUGCUGAGGAAAUUCACAAGUGUUACCAAGAUCUGACAGAUGCUCUGGCCCAUAUUGAGGAGAAGUCCAAAAGUAUUCCAGAUGAUGUUGCUAAGGACAUGAGAGGUGUGCAGACCCAGCUCCGGAACCACGUGGCUUUGGAGCAUGAGCUCUCUGGGAAUGAGCAGCAGCUGCAGGAGCUGAUCCACUCUGCAGAUGACGUGCUGCCCCACUGCUCCAAGAAGCAGGUGGAAGACCUGAAGGCAAAGCAGCAGGCAAUAGUGACCAACUGGAAGGGCCUGAAGUCCAAAGUGGGACAGCGCAGGAGACUCCUGGAACAAGCCUACAAGCUUUAUGAGUUUCAGGCACAUGUGUGGGACUAUUUCUUAUGGACAGCAGAAAUAAUAAGGGAAAUGAGAGCCAAGGAGUCUAUUCGGGACAUUUCUACUAGCAGCCUGAGACUCACCCAGCAUCAACAGCUACUGGCAGAGAUCGAAGCACGAGAAGAGAAGUAUGGUCAUGUUGUACAGCUAGGACAGUCCCUCUUGCAAGAUGCGGAAAUGCCAUCAAAAGAGAUUCAGCAGAAGCUACAGGCUUUGUUGGAAGAAAAGAAAAAUGUAUACAAUGCAUGGAGACAGAAGAAGGAGUGGCUGGAGAAAAUACACCAAGAACAAAUGUUCUACAAGGAUUGGGAUCACCUUGACAUGCUCCUGAACUCACAGGAGGUUUAUUUGAAAAGCAGUGACCUCGGAAGGUCUGUAGAUGAAGUAGAGCAACUGAUAAGGAAACAUGAGGCUUUUGAGAAGCUUCUGGCAUCACAGGAUGAGAAGAUGAUGUCUCUUCAAGAACAGGCAAGCAGAUUGGAAAAGGCUGAUGGACUAGAGGGGCAAAAGAUUCAACACAAACUGAAUGUCAUUCACGAGAGAAAGCGUCAGAUCAAGGAUCUAUCCCAGAGCAGGAGAGAGAAGCUGCAGACUGCCCUUCUUCUGGCACUUUUCUACCAAAACUUGGAAGAGGCAGAAGAUUGGAUCAGUGAGCGCAUGCAGAAGCUGGAGGACCCUUCCACACAAGACCCCAGCAAUCUGCAGGACAAGAUGAAGCUGCUGCAGAAACAUCAGGUCUUUGAGGCAGAGAUUCUAGCAAAUGAAGAAAUCAUCACAGCUGUUAAUAAGAAAGGAGAAGCCCUGGUGUCAAAAGGCCACCCAAAAUCAGGAGAGAUCCGUCGCCAAGUCCGCGUGCUUCAGGAACACUGGGAGAAGUUGAAGAGAGCUGUUGCUGCUCGUGGAAAGAUGCUGGAGGACAGUCGGGACUUCCUAGAAUUUCUCCAGAAGGUGGACCAGGUGAAAGCCUGGAUCAGGGAGAAGGAGGUCAUGAUUAAUGUAGGUGAUGUGGGAAAUGACUAUGAACACUGCCUGCAGCUCAAGAAAAAGCUGAAUGAGUUCCGUGGAGCAACAUCAGGGGAAUCAACAGUGGACGAUGCCCACAUCAGGACAAUCAAUGCCCUGGCCAUGAAACUGGAGAGACAGAACAAGGAGGAAACAAAAACAAUCUAUGAGCGCCGAAAGCAGCUCAAUGAGAAGUGGAACAGUUUUCAUGGUAACCUGAAUGCAUACAGGAAGAAGUUAGAGGGAGCCCUAGAGAUUCAUGCCUUAAUCAGAGAAAUAGAUGACAUCACAGAAAGAAUUACUGAGAAGAGUGUAUUGAUACAAGCAUUGGAUUAUGGAAAAGAUGUGGAAAGCGUGGAAAACCUGAUUCGAAGACAUGAAGAAAUGGAGAGAGAAAUCAGUGUUAUUAAGUCCAAAAUGGAGCCACUGGAAGUGGAAUCUUUCCGCCUUUCCACAAGGAAUCCGUCCAUAAAUGACAAACUGACUAUGAAGCAACAGGAGAUGAAAAACAACUGGCUACGACUCCAGGGACAGGCCAAACAAAGGAAGGAGAAGCUGGCAGCCUCGUACCAGUUGCAGAAAUUUAACUUGGAGAUGAAGGAGAUACUAGACUGGGCCCAAAACACCAGAGCUUUAAUGGAAGCAGGGGGGCUGCCUAAAAGCGCAAAUGAAGCUGAAAGUAUGAUUGAGGAGCAUCAGGAGAGAAAGGAGGAGAUUGAAGCCCGGGUGGAAAGAUUCAAUGCUCUCAGUGACUAUGGUAAGGAACUUGCCAGUUCUGGUCACUAUGCAACCCCUGAGAUUCACCAGUGCCUCUCCAAACUACAGCAAGCCUGGUCUGAACUGAUCCAAGCAUGGAAAGAGCAAUAUAUAAAAUUGCUUCAGGCACAAGAUUUACAGAAAUUCUAUGGCUAUGUGGAACAGACUGAGAGUUGGCUCAGCAGCAAGGAGGCCUUCCUAGCUAAUGAGGACUUAGGGGACUCAGUGUCUAGUGUGGAGAGCCUGCAGCGGAAACACACACAGUUUGAAAAAGCCCUGGAAGCUCAGAUGGAGAAAAUCGAUGAGAUGGCUUCAUUUGCUCAGCAGCUAACGCAGAACAAGCAUUAUGACUCAGAAAAUCUUCCUGCUUUGUGCCCAAAUUGGCCAUACUUCAUCAGGAGAAAACAGAGACUACUGGAGAAUGCUGCUGCUCGCAGACAUUUGCUAGAGGAAUCAAGGCUUCUGCAGAAGUUCCUGAAGAAUUCUUUUGAGGUGGCUGCCUGGAUUAAUGAGAAGAAUAGCAUUGCCCAGGAUGAUAGCUGGAAGGAUCCAAGCAAUCUGCAGACCAAACUACAGAGGCACCAGACUUUCCAAGCAGAGAUCAUGGCCAAUAGAAACCGUCUGGACUCCAUCAAAUCCAGGACCAGGAAAUGGUUGGAAGGUGUGGAAAAUGACCUGAAAGCACCUAUAAUGACAUCUGGGGUUUUAGAGGAACUGGAGGAAGACAUUCCUGAAUAUUCUUCUUUCCUUCUCUACACUUUCUUCCGAGAUGUUGAUGAGGAGUUGGCUUGGGUUCGUGAGAAUUUUCCAGAUUUUAUACAGCUGGGGGCAGAGAGGAGCUCUGAUUAUGGGAAGAAUGAAGAAUCCACACAAGUUUUGCUUCGCAAACUUGAAGCUACCAAACUGGACAUGGAUAGUUUCAGGUCGCGGAUUGAGAAAGUACAGGAGACAGGGAUAAUACAAAAGAAAAACAGAUUUCUCCUCCAGGCUAACAGAAACACCAGAGAACUAAUACUUUCAAAGCUCCAGGGGAUCCUAGCAGACUAUCAGUCUCUCCUACAGAAGUCUGACACCCAGAGAAAACGCCUGCAAGAACAAUUCCAGCUCUAUCAGUUUGAAAGAGAAUUCCAGCUGGUGGAUGCAUGGCUUUCCAGUAAACUGUCUGUAGCAGAGUCAGACGACUAUGGGCAGAUGUUGAGAAAUAAAAUUAGUUUAAUAGCAGCCCAUGAAGUUCACCAGUAUGACCACGAUGUGGAUGAAGUAAAGGGCUGGAUGCAGGAGAAAGAAGCAGUGGUGGAUAUAGAAGAUUAUGGAUAUCUUCUCACAUUGGCCGUGGGAUGUGUGCAUUCCCAAAUUUCCAACAGAUUCAGAUUCUUUCCUUUUUACCCUUUGUCUGUGUUCUGUAGGGCCUGGGCCAAUGAGAUGCAUGCUCUGGUGAUAUCUGAGGAACUGGCAAACGAUGUCCUGGGAGCAGAACUGCUCAUCAAGCGCCAUGAGGAAUACAAGCGUGAGAUAGAGAAACAGUGGCUGAAAUAUGAAGAAAUGCAGCGGGCAGGAGGUGACCUGAUGAAGAGGCAUUUCAUGUCUGAAGAGAUUGAAGAAAAACUGUUAGAGCUGUCAGAGCUGAUGAAGAAGGUAAAGGAGAGCUGGGACAUGAGGAAAGUACUAUAUGAAGAAAAUUGUUUCGCCCCUAUGGGGUUUGUUAUUGAGGAUAUUGUAUUUCUCAUCAUUCCAUCUCCGAGUGACCACGCUUUACCCCUGCAGAGAAGGACAAAAGCCACCACAGUGAGAUGA